AGAUAACCCACUUUUACCUAUCUCUGACCUAUAACCUAGGAACAAGUCAGAUUUUUUCCACAGAUUUCGGCAAACAUGGCUCCAACAUAUGUAUCUGGAUUAUUGCUAACUCUUCUCGUGCCGGUGGUAGCAUGCAGUGUGUUGAGCCGUCUUCCUGUACAACAGGUGUGUAUGGCCGACACUGACUGUGCCCAGAACGAAUGCUGUGGGAAACGGACCGGCCCUCUGAUUGUAAGCAAACGUCAGCUCAGCUCCAUACAGGGAACAUGCAAGCCGUACUUACACGAAAAUGAGUGGUGCUAUGGUCAGUGGAAACAAAAUGGCGACUGCGGCUGCGCUCCGUCGCAGACGUGCCAGUAUUUCCCGCCGACCACACCCACACUCAUCCAAGCCAUUGGGAAACGCCGACCAGCGCCUGGGGAAUACCUCUGUAAACACAAGCAGUGAGAUAUAUAAUAUAUACAUAUGUAAACUGGGACCCAAAAUAAAAUGUUUCCGAUUAUAAAUGCCAA